CCUUGGGUCAAAACUCCAAAUUUCAUUAAAAUAUUUUCGAAACUGCAGUCCCUAAGUUGAAUACAAGAAAACAAGUCAGACCGGGCAGACCAACUUUGAUCGAUUCUGAAUCAAUCGCUAUACUAAAAGACGCGUAUAUCUCAAGUACUUACGUUAUUGUACCCUACAGCACAGGCGGUGAAGGCUACGAAAAAACAUUUUAUGUACAUAUUUCGGCUCAGUUCACCAACUUGCUGCGCUUAGUAAAUAUGACUUUCCGGCAUCCAUCUCCUGCUUGUAUUUAUUUAUAUUAUGUUGGAAAAAGUUCUGGAUGGCACAAGUUUCAGGAAAAACUUGUACUUACGUAAAUAAUGCUUUAACCGAGCGCACUUUUUAGAGUCCUAUUCUGCGACAACUUGAGUAAUUAACGAUCGAUUAGUUGUGUGAAAGUGUGUCUGAUUUACGUUACUACCGCUUCAAACAUUGAUAAUAAACGGGCGGGUAUUCGGGCCGAUAACUUUAAUCACCACUCGCGUUCAGCUAUUGUUCACUUAGGUUUACCCUACUGAGAAUUAUGCUUUUCCGCAGCCAGGGACAGAGCAAUUAUUUUUAUUGUUGAGUUCUUAGCUUUAUUACGCUAGGUGUUCAAUCUGAUAAGUUGGAAUUUUUUCUGUCAGAAUAAGGAGUGCCGCAGUAUUAAUGAUGCGCCAGACCUCAAAUGAAAUGCUGCGAACGAAUGCCAGCCGAAUAUGUUUCAACGUAAUGGAGUAAUGUCUUCUCAUUAUAUAAACUUUUGGAGAAUGGUAUUCUAAUACACGUAUACAGUUAUGUUUGAUUCGUAUCAAAUUCCAAUUAAUUUUUUUCUUUUUUUUUCUUUUUCUUCUUAGGAUAUGUUGUCCUGCAAAGCUUUACCGUAAAUUUUAUUAGUUUUAACCAGGAAGCAAGAAAGUAGAGCCGCAAAGGGUUAAUAAAGUAAUUAAUUUAUUCAUGUGCCUUUUUUUAUCUUCUGCUUAACCCUACGUAUAAUGGGACUUAUUUCCCCCCUUCUUUAUACCUACACUGUUGAAAAACAAGACUUUGCAAAUGUUCUUACAAGUGAUAGUAACAGUACAUAUGAUAAUAAUAGUCGGAUUUGAAAAUUCUUCCUCUUUUUACAACGAAUACAUACAGUUUUCUCGUUCAAUUUAAAUAACCUUUUUCGGAGACAAUUAUUGAAUUUUAAUUUUUAUUAUUUUAUAAAAAUGUGCUUCUUUAGGUUGUUAUUGUGUUCUUUAUUAUAGAAAUUAAUUUUUUUUUUUUUUUUCAAAAAAUAUGCUGAUAUGUUUAAAUUUAUAUGUGUGUAUAUGUAUGAAAUAAACAAAAUGCUAGAUUUCUUAAGCUAUACUAUAACAUUAUCUUACUCAAUGCUCGCUGUUUUCUUUAUCUUAUCGUAUUCAAUGGUAAGCAAAUGUUUUGCUAGCAAAAAGCAUUGCAUAGAUAUAAGUAGGUAAACGUGAUUUUUAUACAAUUUCCUGGCAUUUUAAAUAUUGCAUAUUUUUUUUUUCUUUCUUUGGGAAGCUCUGCAUUUUAUCGAUAUAAGCUUACUGUCACAAAUUUAUAUUUUUUUGUUAUUCGAGUUUGAAAUUUCAAAAUUAGUUAAUGAAAAAUAGUUUCGUUGAAAAUUAUGAUAAAUUUUGUUGUUCAACUUCAAUGCAUUUGCAACGAAAGUUAAACAAUAUGUGAUCUUAUCUUCCUUUUAAGUUAAAAAACACAAAGAACAAUUGCAAUAAUAGGAAAAACGAUACUAUUUAUUAGUUAUAACAACUAAUUGCAUUUUAAUUAAAAAGAUAAAAGAGAGAAAAAAGAGACUACAAGUCGCUUAUUGUGAAAUAGAUCCCAAGUGCAUGAGUGACGGCUGAAAGACAGGCUUUUAAGGUUAAGGUUUAAAACUAGUCAAAAAAUGUAUAAAUCAUUUUUCAAAAUAUUUUCCAUUAUAAUCAUAUCAUCGUUGAUGAUCGCUCUAUCCCUACCCAAUGUAGAAGCAAAAAAAAAUCAAACCGUUCAACCUGCAGCCUGUCAUCAGCCGAGAACUUCAGGCCCCUGCCGUGGCAGGAUGUUACGUUACGCCUAUGACGACAGUUCAGGCAAAUGUACGAGUUUUUAUUACUCUGGCUGCGGUGCAACGAAGAAUAACUUCCAUACUUAUGAAGAAUGCCGCCGGGAUUGCAUGAAGCAGUUACGUUAUUGAAAACUUUCAAGAGCGCGCUUGAAUGAAAAUCGGUCUUCUUGUCCUUAGUACAUUUGCUAAAAAUGUAAACGGUUAAUUGAAUUAUAUAUAU